GUCCGUACUUCCGGCUUUGGAGCGCCCUUUCUGUGUAUUUUACUCCUGAUAUUGGACAGAGAAACCCACUAAAAGCUGUCACAGCCGCUCCCGUCGAAGCCCCGCGGCCGAGAGGAGGAUUUAAUGUGACGCUCUAAUGUUAAAGGACCAAACGAUGUCUGUGGUGUUUGACGGGAGUCCGCUGAAAGCGAUGCAGAGCUCACACACUCACACACCGCAGACUGCCCUGAGCGCCCAGGAACUCUCCCAGGAGAUCAAGUCCUUCAUUAGUGGCGUUGACACCGUCCAGGGCCGAAAGCUCAGUGUCCGGGAACAUGCACGCUGUGCUGUACGCCUGCUGCGCUCGGUCCCGGCCUGUCGGGGGGCGGUGCUGGAGCAUCUGAGGGGUGUUUAUGAUGAGCAUGUCUCCGCCUUCCUGCACAACCUGGAGACGGAGGGUGAUGCCAGCUCCAGCGCCAACCUGGAGGACAUCAUACAGGAGGUCCAUGGCGUGCUGUCAGAGUUCAUCCGUCUCAACCCUCGGGCCUGGGCCCCUCUGGUAUCCGCCUGGGCUGUGGACUUGUUGGGCCAGCUGAGCAGUAAGCACGCCGGCCGCAGGGUGGCCCCCCACUCCUCCAGCCUCAAUGAGCUGCUCCAACUCUGGAUGUCCUGUGCCGCCACCCGAUCCCUCAUGGAGGCCUACUCCCAGUGUCUGGCUGCUAUGCUGGCCUGGUGUCCUGACGCUUGUGUGGAUGCACUUUUGGACACUUCAGUCCAGCACUCUCCGCAUUUUGACUGGGUGGUGGCUCACAUCGGCUCCGCCUUCCCCGGUACUAUCAUCAGCCGAGUGUUGGCAUGUGGACUCAAGGACUUCUGCUCUCACGGCGCUAAGGACCAAGGGCUAAUGGUGAUGGGAGUGGACAAAGGCAGCAGAGUGCCAAAGAUUGGCUCAGUGGUGGGAAUCCUCGGACACCUCGCAGCGCACCACUCAGACAGCAUCAGGAAGGAGCUGCUCAGGAUGUUUCAGGAAAGCCUGUGUCCAUCAAGCCCUCUGUCUCCCACCUCAUCCUCAACAUCUUGGGAGGGUUCCCCUCAACUCCGCCGUGCUGCAGUACCAUUUCUGCUACAGCUGGCUGCAAUGUCUCCCAACCUCUUUGGUGCGGUGUCUGCGGAGCUGGUGGAGCUGCUGCGUCCUCCUAUCCUGCUCCAGCUGCAGGCCUUGCUGCAGGGCCUCCCCAGAGAGGAACUGGAUAACAUGCUGGGGCUUGCUGUCCACCUUAUUAGCCAGAGCCCAUCAGGAGGGUCCAGGGUCCUCCGUUUUUUGGCAGACACAGCGACCCCGGCUUCAGUCAUCAUCUCCGGCCCUACACCCUCCCCUCAUGAGGGAGUCAGAGAAGGUUGCGAUCGCCUUCUCCAGAUGCUGCUUCUGCAUCUCCACAAGCUGGUCUUCAACCGCUCAGAUGGAGCUGAAGUCAACCCCCAUCACUCUGCUUCCUUUCAGCCCCAGAGGGUCAUCCCCUUCUUGGAGGAGCUGCAGUCUCACGUAGGAGAGCUCUGUGCUGAGACACUAAGACUGGAAAGGAAGCGUCACCUCUGGCUGCACCAGUUACUGUGUCUGCUGUCGGUGUAUGGGGGUCCCAGCGUGGCCACUGAGGCCCUCUGCCAGCUGCUCACCCAGGCCCACAACCCAGAGGAGCUGGCUCUGGCCUGGCAGCUCCACACCACGCUCUCCUCUUGCAUGGCGGGACUCAUUCCUGCUGCUGUAGCUCGCUGUGUGGCCCAGAUCCACACACACACUCUGGGCCCCCGGCAGCUGAGGCAGCUGUUGCUCAAUCUGGCCGCAGCCAUCCAGAGUCAGGAUGAGGAAAGAAGAGGAGCAGCCGGUGCUCAGUCCUCCAUGGCCAUCCAGGUGGGCUCAGCAGUCUCAGGACACCUCCAUGAUUUCGGCCCGCUCCUUCUUCACGGUGACCCGGCUGUAUCUCAUGCUGCAGUGCGCCUCCUGUCCUGCAGCCCGCUCCCUCGCACCUCCUCCCCAGCACACCUGCUCCUGCUCUCUCGCGCUGCCGUUACUCAUUUCUUUCUGGCGCUGCGGAGACGAGGGGAAGCAGGGAAAGUGGGGAGAGAUGGGGGACAGGCAGGCGAGGCGGUGAACUGCUCAGUCCUGCUCCUGUCCCGUUUCGCGGCAUAUUCUUCGCUCACCCUCAAAGCGGUGCUUCAGCAGCUGGUUGAAGGAGCGCUGCACAAAGGCAACGCUGGCCUGUUUGGAGGGCAGAUCGCAGACAUGUCGGGUGCACCUUUGCCUCUGCCAUCUGUGUCUCCUGACAUCGGAGCCUCUCUGCUGGACAUCAACUGUCGGUUCGGUACUACUGUCAACUUUUCUGGGAGCGUUUGGUCUGUGUUUCAUGCCGGGGUGAUUGGCAAGGGGCUGAAGGUCCGCACUGAGACACAGAUGCCUGAUCCAUCGGGGGUCAUGCAGAACAUCCAGACUCUGCUGGCUGUCGUAGUCCAGUGCUGCAGCUCCUCUGGUCUUAACGGCUCUAUCAACGGCUCACGACCACCAUCUGAUCCCGAUGAGCCGCUGCCCAUCAACGCAGAGGCAGCUAAAGUUGUUGCCGUUACGUUGGUAGAGAAUGUCUGCCCAGAUGUGGCCAAUGGUGAGCUGUCCUGGCCCCCAGAGGAGCACGCCCGCACCACGGUGGAGCGAGACAUCCACAUUCGUCGUUGCUUCGAGGCCCACCCGGUGCUCUUCCCUCUGCUGCAGGUGGUGGCAGCUGGACGCCCGGCUCUCUGCUACUGCUCAGCCGUGCUCAGAGGCCUUCUGGCCACUCUGCUGGCCCACUGGGAGGCGUCACGCGAGAUGCUGUCCACAGACUCCCCGUGGCACCUCCAAGCCUCCUGCCUCCUGGUGUCCUGCAUGGGAGAGGGUCAGCUCCUGCCUCCUGUGCUAGCCAACGUCCACGAAGCUUUCCCCCACCUCACUCCUUUCGAGGUGAGGCUGCUGCUGCUGGCUGUGUGGGAGUACGUCAGAGGCAACGGGCCCAUGCCCCAGAAGUUUGUGUUUAACCCAGAGAAGGGGCUGUUCUGCAGGGAUUUCUCACGGGACGGUGACGUGGCGAGAUACGUGGCACCGAUUCACAGCGUCCUGCAUAAAAACAUUGACAGACUGGGACACCUGUGCUGGCGGUUCCAGCUCUAAUGGAUAGUGGAGAGCAAACAGUGUAGAGCAGGUGACAAGGAAUAAAUAGAGACUGUAAAAUAGAGGGAAUACUGUGUUACAUUGCUCAAAGAGUGGACUGCAAAGUUACUGUCACUGUACUUCAAUUUCAAGUAUAGCGGUGUGUGUGCGUGUGUGUGUGUGUGUACCUUUUGUACCAUAUUUUUAGACUUGAUUUGAUUCUGUGACAAAGACGAGGGGACAGUUGAAAUGGCACACAUGUAUAUUGUGUUAAUACAGAAUUUGCUCCACACAGUAUGCAGCCUUAAUGUGUCAUUUUCUGUGGAAAAUACGACAUAAAUAAUUUAUAGAUUGUUUUGUAUCAUUUUCAGAUUUGCUCACGUUCAAAAAUUGUGGCUACAAACAGCUGUGCAUCUCGUAUUUCGCCAAAACUGUUGUUUCAACCACUUUACAAAAUAAAUCAUUUUGGUCUUAGA